UGGACAGAAAUUUUAUGAAUAAGCAUCAGAAGCCAGUGCUAACAGGCCAGCAGUUCAAAACUCGGAAAAGGGAUGAAAAAGAGAAAUUCAAACCCACAGUCUUCAGGGAUACACUUGUCCAGGGGCUUAAUGAAGCUGGUGACGACCUUGAAGCUGUAGCCAAGUUUCUGGACUCUACAGGCUCGAGAUUAGAUUAUCGUUGCUAUGCAGACACACUCUUUGAUAUCCUGGUAGCUGGCAGUAUGCUUGCCCCUGGAGGGACACGCAUAGAUGAUGGUGACAAAACCAAGAUGACCAACCACUGUGUGUUUUCAGCAAAAGAAGAUCAUGAAACCAUCCGAAACCAUGCUCAGGUCUUCAAUAAACUCAUCAGGAGAUAUAAGUAUUUGGAAAAGGCUUUUGAGGAUGCAAUGAAAAAGCUUCUCCUCUUCCUUAAAGCCUUUACCGAAACAGAGCAGACAAAGUUGGCAAUGCUGUCGGGGAUCCUGCUAGGCAAUGGCACCCUCCCAGCCACCAUCCUCACCAGUCUCUUCACUGACAGCUUAGUCAAAGAAGGUAUUGUGGCCUCAUUUGCUGUCAAGCUUUUUAAAGCCUGGAUGGCGGAAAAAGAUGCCAACUCUGUUACCUCUUCUUUGAGAAAAGCCAACUUAGACAAGAGGCUGCUUGAACUCUUUCCAGUUAACAGACAGAGUGUGGAUCACUUCGCUAAGUACUUCACUGACGUGGGACUGAAGGAGCUUUCCGACUUCCUGAGAGUGCAGCAGUCCCUGGGCACCAGGAAGGAGCUCCAGGAGCGCCUGUCCCAGGAAUGCCCCAUCAAGGAGGUGGUGCUCUACGUGAAAGAAGAAAUGAAGAGGAAUGAUCUUCCGGAAACGGCGGUGAUUGGACUUCUGUGGACCUGUAUCAUGAAUGCUGUUGAAUGGAACAAGAAGGAGGAACUUGUGGCAGAGCAGGCCCUUAAGCACCUGAAGCAAUACGCGCCCCUGCUGGCUGUGUUCAGCUCCCAAGGCCAGUCCGAGCUGAUCCUCCUGCAGAAGGUUCAGGAGUACUGUUACGACAACACCCACUUCAUGAAAGCGUUUCAGAAGAUCAUGGUUCUCUUUUAUAAAGCUGAUGUGCUGAGUGAAGAAGCGAUAUUGAAGUGGUACAAAGAAGCACACGUGGCCAAAGGCAAGAGUGUUUUUCUUGACCAGAUGAAGAAAUUUGUGGAGUGGUUGCAAAAUGCAGAAGAAUUGGAAUUGGAAGGUGAGGACAGUUAG